GUUGCAUCAGUGAAUUCUGGGAGGCCAAGAUGAUCCGGAGUGGUUUUGUUGUUGUUGUGCUGUGGACUGCACUUCUAACAACCACCCUUAGAGCCCAAUCAACCGAUGAAGCAAUAGCAGAGGAAACAAUAGAUUUACAAACUGAACGAGCAUCAAUCUUAUGCACUAUAUUUCCACAAUUACAAAUAUGCAGAACUACUGUACCUCCUGAAAUAACCACAACUACCGAGGAAACAACAACCACUGAAGCCCCUACAACUACUGAAGGUCCUACAACUACCGAGGAAACAACCAGCACUGAAGCCCCUACGACUGCCGAAGAAACAACAACCACUGAAGCUCCUACGACUGCCGAAGAAACAACAACCACUGAAGCCCCUACAACUACCGAGGAAACAACAACCACGGAAGCCCCUACAACUAUCGAGGAAACAACAACCACUGAAGCCCCUACAACUACCGAGGAAACAACAACCACGGAAGCCCCUACAACUACAGAGGAAACAACAACCAGUGAACCUUCUACAACUACUGAAGCCCCUACAACUACCGAGACAACAACAACCACUGAAGCCCCUACAACUACUGAGGAAACAACUACCACUGAAGCCCCUACAACUACCGUGGAAACAACAACCACUGAAGCUUCUACAACUACCGAGGAAACAACAACCACUGAAGCUCCUACAACUACCGAGGAAACAACUACCACUGAAGCCCCUACAACUACAGAGGAAACAACAACCACUGAAGCCCCUACAACUACCGAGGAAACAACCACCACUGAAGCUCCUACAACUACCGAGGAAACAACAACCACUGAAGCCUCUACAACUACCGAGGAAACAACAACCACUGAAGCUCCUACGACUACCGAAGUAACAACAACCACUGAAGCCCCUACAACUACCGAGGAAACAACAACCUGUGAACCUUCUACAACUACUGAAGCCCCUACAACUACCGAAAAGGUAACAACGGAGUUGACCACUCCUUCAACCGAAUCGCAGCCAAGUAUAGAGCACCACAUACAUUAUCACGAGAUAUUUGGAGCGCCAGGAUUUGUGCAUCCUUUGCCAGGACUUCCACUUCCACCAUUGCUGUUUCCAGGAAUUAACUCAUUAACACCAGCUGAUGCUUCCAUACUUGGCAUUAUUCCCGUACCUCCUCCACUACCUAGACUACCACCACUGCCUCCACCACCUCCACCACCAUUUUUGCCAAGACCACCAGCACUGUUUCCCUUUAACAACAUAUUCGGAAAAUAGGAUACAGUUCACAUCUUGAAAAAAAUGUAUUAUUUUAAAUUAAGAGUACCAUAUUCUGCGCAACUAAAAA